AUGCUUGCACUCUCCGGCAAAAUCCCUGAUCUGAUUCUACAUUUCAUCUAUGCCCCUAGCCCUGAUGCCUUUUUCCCCAUACCAUGCACUCACACCGUGGACUUCAGGGCCACUUCCAAACUGGGUCACACUAGCACCCCUGGAUCUCGAAGAUCUCUCAGCUGGUCACUUGGGCUUCGGUGUUUCCAGGCCUGGAACCCUGAGGGCCUGCACAACCCCAUGUUGGGCUACAUAUGUAUCAGGAAAAGCACCUAUGAAAGUGCCAGGUCCGCGGCCUCCCCGCCACCAACCAAUCACGAGCGAGCCCCCCCGCCGUCGCCUUCCGCCAAUGGGAGAAAGCCCGCGGGCCGGGCCGACGAGGCGCACGGACCCCACGAGCGCGGCGGCGGGGACGACAGCGUCGGGGCUGGCAAGAACACAACAUGGCGGCGAGCAGGCCGGACCGAGCUACAGCAGCGGCCGCGCGAGGAAGUGAGGUCUCCGGCCGAGGCGGGAAGCGCUGCCCCUCCCCCCGCCGCCGCUCCCCUCUCACCCUCCCUCGCACGGAAGCUCCCGCACACUCACACGCCUUUGCUCGGGAGUCCGGGAAGAGCAGGAGCCGCCCCCGCGCUCCUGCAGAGUCGGGCAAUGCAGAGGCCCAGGCACGGCGGAAGGAAGGGGAAAGCGUGCGUCACGGAGAACGGAGCGCGCGCGAAGCGGGGGCACAAACAAGAUGGCGGUCACGCCGUUUGCACGGUCUCUCCUUUUCCCUUCCCCCUCCCUGGGCCUAGACUCUUAGUAUCGGGCUGCGCGCAGAAGCUGAGCUGCUUGAAGUCUCGCGAGGAUUGGGAAGGGGCGACGACAGAGUGAGGCGGAAAGAGAUGUGAGAGUUUUGACCCCACCCCCUUUCGGGGGAUCUGGAGGCGUUGCCCGGUGACCUCCACCUGGCUUUCUAUCCUUGUGACUCUCUUUGGUGCGAGCUUGAAUUUUAGUAAAUAAGUAGGGGCGUGUGCGUGUGCGUGUGCGCUUGAAUUUUAGGAAAUAAUACGUGUGUAUUUGGGUUUUUAAUUUGGGGAGAACUGGAGGAUGAAGGUCGACUUGGCGUGCCAGAUGAAGCAUGCUGUUCAAGUAGACAGCUACUGGCGCCUUAAAUUCAUAAAAGAGAGCAUUUGACACCAAACUGUAAAGUGAUACCCUCCAAAAUAAAGAACAGUACUUGGCAAGAAUAGUUAGCUUGUAACUUCGACAUAGACGUUGUUCUCAUUUGAAUGCAGAUUUUAAAUCUUUAUCACGCAGUUGAAAACCACAGCUACAAUGAGCAUGGACUUUUUCACUUAUCUCUUUCAUUUCCAUUGGUCCAAAGGCAUCAGGAUUUUAUCCAUUUUACAAAUGAUAAAACUGAAGCUCAAAAAGGUUAAGUAACUUGAUCUAAGUAAGGCCCCACAGCUAGUAGCUGUCAAAACCCAAUCCGAAUAACUUCAAAACCUAUAGGAAUAGUCAUCAAAUGUGUUUUGAAUGGAAUUACCUACAGUAAGAGUUAGUGCAUGAGGUAACAAGCACAGAGAGGAAUGACUGCCUCUGCUGAUGGUAACCUUGAAUUUUACAUUGGAGCUUUUGUGACAUGUGUUGCAUGGGUCCUCAAUAAAAUCUACACAUAUUGUUACUCACUACCUGUGGGUUUAUAACCCUGGUGAUAAAGUAAUUGAGAAUAGUGGAAUAAACCCUUAAAUUCAGGAAAAUUGUUUUCAAAUCCAAUUUCAAUAAAUGUGCUUUAGGCACUCAAUAAAUAUUUGAUGAAUAAAUUAACAAAACCUAACUAUAAGACACUUGACUUCAGGGAGUCUCAAUUUCUUCAUCUGUAAAAGGAUCUAAUUCCUAACUCUUGGUAAUGUAGGGAGAGUGAAUGAAAUAAUGUGAGAGUGCUUUGUAAACUGCAAUAGUGUUAUAAAGAAGUUACUGCAGUAAGCUAUGAACAUGCCACUGCACUCUAGCCUGGGUGAAGCAGUGCAAGGCCUUGUCUCAGAAAAAAAAAAAAAAAGUUACUUAUAACAACAAUGACAUUUUCAGACUUCAGAAAUGGCAUACAAUUAUGAACAGGGAGACUCAAGAAAAUACUAUGUUGAGAUUGUAGAGAGACAAAUUAGCUAUUGGAAAAAAGCUACGUAAGUCUUUCUACAAGUAUGUAUUGAGCAAUUAUUGCAUAUGCUAUGCUUACCAGAGAAAUGUAAAAAUGUGUAGGAAACAUGAUUAUUGUUGUAAUUAAGUAUUGACUGCACUUAGGGGCUGCAGUCCAUUCUCUUCCAAGAGCCUGGAAAUUGGGUCGCCCUCAGAAAUAAAUAAAAAUCUACAUAUUAGGGGAAAUUAGCUAAGAAUGAUGUUAAAUAUAUUUAACAACAAGUAGUGCUCAAGCAUUGAACAAGCAGAAUUAGAAAUCCAGUUAGGGUCCUGGAGGUACAGCAGCUACUUACCAGACAGUACUAGAGUAUUUCAGUAUUUUAAUAGUCAAUGCUAUAACUGAUAGCAGUCAUCUGGUACAUGUGAGGCUAAUAUUAGUCCUUGCUGUAGACUGUAUUAUCAAUGGUCUCUGCCCUUCCCUUUCUAAAGCCCUCUCUAUCUAGCUUGUCCCUAGGAGAUUUGGGUGAAAGACUUUUCCCCCUAAUGUCAUCAAGUUUGUCCUUGUUUUGACCAGUGAAAUGUGAGUAAAAAUGGCAUGAACCACUUCUCAGCAGAAAUUUAUGAGCUAUCUUAUGAUUUUACCAUAUUAUCUUUCCUCUGAUACAAGAGCAGUAUGUCCUAAAUAGAGCUACCUCUUCAGCUUUGGUCCCAGAAUGAUGUGCAGAGCCACAACUGACAGACAUGACGUGGAAUGUCGUGUGGACAAUAAAUAAAUCUUUGUUGUAAGCCGCUGA